GUCUUUCCCCCAUUGGAAAAGAGUUAAUUUCUAUUAGGGACCCUACAUCCCCAUCUAAAUUCUUAUCCAUUACUACUAUUUCCUUAGGGGUGGUCCUGAAUGUUUUGUUAUUCAGAGUCUUGUAUGAUUUGAUCUUUUAUUGAUAGUUGCUUGACUCCGACCGCCCUUUAUGUCUUCCUCCCUUCGACUGAUUAUCGAGGAUGGUCAUUUCCAAGAUGCACAUGGGAGACAUGUCUUGUUAAGGGGUAUUAACGUCGCAGGCGACUCUAAGCUACCUAGCCAACCCGAUGUACCUUCGCACGUAGCCCAAGAUUUCUUCGAUGGCGACGACGUCAAAUUCCACAAUCGACCCUUUCGGAAAGAGGAUUCGCACAUACACUUCUCCCGUUUAAAACGGUUUGGAUAUAAUACCAUUCGGUAUAUCUUCACAUGGGAAGCUAUCGAAGCUGCCGGCCCCGGGAGAUACGAUGAGGUUUGGAUUGAACAUACCAUCGAGGUCUUGAGGACGGCCAAAGACUAUGGCUUCUAUGUGUUCAUGGACCCGCAUCAGGAUGUUUGGUCACGAUACUGCGGCGGAUCUGGCGCUCCCAUGUGGACGAUUUAUGCCUGUGGAUUGAACCCCCAGAGCUUUGCAGCGACCGAAGCUUCUAUCGUACAUAAUACCUAUUCUGAUCCCGAUAACUUCCCCAAAAUGAUUUGGUCUACCAAUUACUACCGAUUAGCGGCCGCGACCAUAUUCACACUCUUUUUCGCCGGUCUCGAUUUCGCUCCGAAGUGUAUAAUAGACGGUAUAAAUAUUCAAGAUUAUCUACAGGGUCACUUUGUACGGGCUUGUGAACAUCUUGCGAAACGUAUACAUGAAGCUGGCGGUAUUGAGAAUGAUGUUAUCUUUGGCUGGGAAAGUUUGAAUGAACCUAGUAGGGGAAUGAUUGGGCAUCCCGACCUAAGUGUUAUCCCAGACGCGCAGAAACUGAAGAAGGGUACAAGUCCAACGCUAUGGCAGGCCAUUCUUACAGGUUCGGGACGAGCGUGUGAGGUUGAUACAUGGGAUAUGGGAGGUCUUGGCCCAUAUAAGGUCGGACGUACUCUGAUUGACCCUCAUGGCGAGAUUGCAUGGUUACCAGAGGGCUACGAUGACUCUCGUUAUGGUUGGAAGCGAGAUCCUGAGUGGAAAUUAGGACAAUGCCUCUGGGCUCAGCAUGGAGUCUGGGAUCCCUCCCAGGAUUUGUUACUGCAAAAGAAUUACUUCGAGAAGCAUCCUACUACAGGCGACACAUUGGACUACCAUGCUUUUACGAACACCUACUUCAUGGCGUUCUAUCGUAAAUACCGUGAUGCCAUUAGGGGCGUUCACAAGGAUGCUAUUAUGCUAUGCCAACCACCGACUUUGGAAUUACCCCCUACUAUCAAAGGCACUGCGGACGACGACCCAAGAAUGGUAUAUGCGCCGCAUUACUACGAUGGUAUUACACUUAUGACCAAGAAGUGGAACCGAACAUGGAAUGUGGAUGUCAUCGGGGUCCUUCGUGGUCGAUAUUGGCAUCCGGCUUUCGCCAUCAAGAUUGGUGAGACAGCUAUCCGUAACAGCUUCAAGGAACAGCUCGCGGCCAUGAGACAAGAAGGGCUGGAUUAUAUGGGAAACCAUCCAUGCAUCUUGACCGAAUUUGGUAUUCCCUACGAUAUGGAUGAUAAAUAUGCCUACAAAACGGGUGAUUAUUCGAGUCAAUCCGCAGCUAUGGAUGCCAAUCACUUUGCUGUGGAGGGUGCUUCGAUGGAGGGAUAUACCUUAUGGGUAUACACCGCGGCGAAUGACCAUCAACGAGGUGACCAAUGGAAUGGUGAGGAUUUGUCAAUAUUUUCGGUUGAUGACCAAACCUUGCCGGUUUCCCCUGUUCCUCGAACGCCCGAUGUGAACCAAUCCACAUCAAGCCUUUUGAAAACUGCUACUUCUAGCACUAGAAAGGAAGUGGAAGAUGAGACAUCGGUGACACCCGGAAAUUUGAAACGUACUCUGACGAAUCCCUCGAUUUCGUCAACGCCCACUAGCCCCAACCCCGAAUUGACCAAUGCUCCUGGAUACCGUGCUGCAGAGGCUUAUGUUCGUCCUGCGCCAAUAGUCACCAAUGGGCCAAUUGUGGAUUAUGUUUUUGACCUCAAGAGCUGCGAGUUCACGCUGAACGUUGAAGGAUCAAAAGCUCAAUCGGAGGACUUUCCUACAAUAGUGUUCUUACCUGAAUAUCAUUUCCCCAAAGAGCAGUGCACGGUGGCCGUCAGCUCGGGUAAGUGGGAAAUUAGUACUGACGACGAAGAGCGUACCUGGAUUCAGAAGAUCCGGUGGUGGCAUGGUAAGGGUAAGCAGAGCCUCAAAGUGACUGGUCUGAUACGACCCCAUAACAGUUUGGCCGGUACAGCUGAGGAAGCUGGAUACCUUGAGCAGUGUCAACAAUCUUAUGCGUUCGACCUUAAGAGCUGCAACGUAAUGUAAUAUGGUGUUUGUUGCAGGGUUAGGAGAGAAUAUGUAUAUAAUAAUGUCAUUUUACGUCUUCUUGCUGUUUGCCGCGAUACUCGUCACGUACUCCGAGUAAGGGUUUUCAGCUUCAGAGCGACUAUAAA